AUGUCCUUCGACCCAUUCGAAGCUCGGAUGCAGUUCCUCCAACUACUUCGUAAACUCAAUGCGUCUCAACCUUCUAUCCAGAAAGUUGUGGGAUAUGCUAUCAAAUAUGGCUCGAGGUGUAGUGAGGACUUAUGGGAAUGUAUAGUCGAGCAAUGUGGGAAGGGAUCAUUGAACACACGUAUAAAUAUCUUAUAUUUCCUCGACACCCUGCUCGAAGCUUCUCUCCCUCUGGGACCUGUCGAUGCUCCAUACCCUCAACUAGUGACGCAGAAUUUACAGGAUAUAGUGGGGAAAGUAGUUCCGGAUGGACGAGAUAGGGUACUGAAUCUACGAAGUGCGAAACAGAUAUUGGAAAGCUGGAGACUUAGGCGAGUUAUAGAUCAUGAUGUUGUUGAAGAAGCUUUGAAAUUUCUCGAAGGAAGGACGCAUAGCGACGAUCCAUCGAAUAAACGGAGUCAUGAACAGGCUUUUUCGAAAAAUGAGAUUCUGCGGAGGAUGGAAGAAGAUCGUGAGAGGCAUAAACGCUUGAGAGAACGAAUAUGGAUACUACCAAUCCCACCUUUACACCCCCAAUCAUCUCAACUCCCUAUCAAACUCAAAUCAUCCCCAUCGACUACUUCACCAUUUACACCUGCCUCACCGUCCAAUUCGAAACCUUCUAACGCAUCGACCCCAAAUCAAGGUAAGAUGGCUCCUCCACCUGUACCGGUGGCCGAUAAGGAGAAGACCCAAGAGAUUGAAGGAGGUGGGCUGGAAACCGCUUUGGAAGUGGAGUUCGAGCAGGCUUGGGAGGGAGUUAGUGAUAUUGACGAAGAGGAAUUACAGAGGAUGAAAGAGUGA